AUGGCAGGACCGGUGGGCAUCAUUGGGUCUGCAUGCCGUUUUCCAGGCAAGGCAGACUCCCCAGCGAAAUUGUGGGAGUUGCUGAGGCAGCCGAGAGACGUCCUAUGUACAUUCUCAAAGGACAGGCUGAAUCUGCAGAGCUUUUACCAUCAGAAUGGCGAGCAUCACGGCAGCACUGACGUCCAGAACAAGGGCUAUCUGCUGUCGGAAGACAUCCGCCUGUUUGACGCCUCUUUCUUCCGCAUCAGCCCUGCCGAGGCGGCGGCCAUGGAUCCACAGCAACGUAUUCUUCUGGAAACGGUCUACGAGGCCUUGGAGUCGGCCGGUUUGCCCCUCGAUCAGCUGCAGGGAUCACUCACCUCGGUGUGGGCCGGGCUGAUGAAUGGCGAUUUUGCUGACGUCCAGGCCCGGGACCUCGAUACGUUGCCAGCGCAGCACGCCACCGGCACACACCGAAGUAUUCUAUCUAACCGCAUCUCGUAUUUUCUGGACGCCAGGGCAGCGUCGAUGACAAUCGACACGGCUUGUUCCAGCUCCCUGGUGGCGCUGCAUCAGGCCGUUCAGAGCCUGAGGAGCGGCGAGAGCGACAUGGCCAUUGUAGCAGGAGUCAAUCUCAUUCUCGAUCCGACCAUGUACGUGGCCGAGUCCAAGUUGCACAUGCUCUCGCCAGACUCGCGUUCCCGCAUGUGGGACAAGGGCGCGAAUGGGUAUGCCCGAGGCGAGGGCUUCGCGGCCAUUGUGCUGCAGCGACUUGGCGACGCGGUCCGCGAUGGCAACCACAUCGAGUGUGUCAUCCGGGGCACGGCCGUGAACUCGGACGGGCGCGGCAAGGGCGCCAUAACGGUGCCAAGCGCCGCCGCCCAGACAGCCCUGAUCGGGCAAGCAUACCGAGAUGCUGGCCUGGACGCCCGGCGCGACCGCUGCCAAUUUUUCGAAGCCCACGGAACGGGCACCCAGGCCGGAGACCCUGUUGAAGCGCAGGCGAUCCGAGACGCAUUCUUCCCGACCCGAGAUAGCGACGACGACGGCGACAACUCGGAAGUGCCUCCUGGCAAGCUUUUGGUGGGCUCGAUCAAGACAGUCGUCGGCCAUCUCGAGGGUUGCGCCGGGCUGGCGGGUGUGCUGAAGGCAUCGCUUGCCAUCCAGAACCGGACGGUUCCGCCCAACAUGCUGUUUUCCGAGCUCAACCCGGCCAUUAAUCCCUUCUACGAACGUCUGGAGAUCCCCACCGGCCAGGCGCGGCCGUGGCCAGAGACGAAGUCAGGUUCGCCUCUGCGUGUAAGUGUCAACAGUUUCGGCUUCGGCGGCACCAAUGCCCAUGUCAUUCUCGAAAGCUACGUAGACGGCGAGCAGCAGCAGUUUACUCGCGAGGAGCAUUCUGACGACGAGCGCUUUGUCGGACCGCUGGUUUUCUCUGCCCACUCGCGAGACUGCUUGGUGCGGGUGGUGCAAGCCCACGCCGAGGAGGUGCGGAGCAACAAAGUGCUUGACCUCGGCGACCUGGCCUGGACUUUGCAGUCCCGGCGUACUCACUUUAACAACAGCCGUGCCGCCUUCUCAGGCGCCACCCGUCAGAAGCUGCUUUCCUACAUGGACGCAUUCGUUGCGGACACAGCCACUGCUCUGGAGAAUCAGAAUGAGGCCCCGCCUCGGCCCUCUCGGCCCGGUGACCACGGCCCGGACGAAGCCCCCGCCCUGCUGGGCAUCUUCACGGGCCAAGGCGCGCAGUGGGCAUCAAUGGGCCGCAACCUCAUUCUCCACUGCCGGCUCUUCCGCGAGUCCAUCGAGCGAUGCGAGAAGUCGCUCGCCGCGCUAGGCGCAGACGCGCCAAAAUGGUCUUUGACGGAGGAACUCAUCGCCGACGCGGCAGAAUCGCGCGUCGCAGAGGCUGCCCUCUCACAGCCUCUCUGCACCGCCGUCCAGAUCGGCCUCGUUGACCUGCUGCGAGCCAGCGGGGUCCGUUUCCGGGCCGUGGUCGGCCACUCGUCUGGCGAGAUCGCCGCCGCGUACGCCGCCGGCAUCCUGCCGCGUGCCAGCGACGCCAUCCGCAUCGCCUACUACCGCGGUCUGCACACCAGGCUGGCCGGCAGCGGCAGCGGCGGCGGCGGCAUGCUAGCUGCCAGCCUGUCCUGGGACGAUGCAUGCGGGCUCUGUGCCAGACCCGAGUACGACGGGCGCAUCAGUGUCGCGGCUGACAACUCUCCCACCAGUGUCACGCUCUCCGGAGACGUCGACGUCAUCGACCAGGUCGAGGCGCACCUGACAGCCGAGGGUACGUUCGCCAGGAAGCUCAAGGUCGACAUGGCGUACCACUCGCGCCACAUGCAGCCCUGCGCACCCGCGUACCUCGCCUCGUUGCGGUCGUGCGAGAUCCAGGUCCAGCAGCCCGCCGACGGCUGCGUAUGGGUGUCGAGCGUGCGUGGCGAUGUAGACUCGGUUCUCGCCGAGGACGACGACGACGGCGACGAAGGCAGCGGCUUGGAAGCAGUGCGAGACCAGUACUGGGUCGACAACCUCACCAACCCGGUGCUCUUCGGUCCCGCGGUCGAGUGCGCCCUGUGGCGUGCCGGGCCCUUUGACGCCGUCCUCGAAGUCGGACCGCACUCUGCGCUGAAAAGCCCCGCCACACAGAUCUUCAAAGCAUCUUUGGGCGCCCCCCUGCCGUACGUCGGCGUCAUGCAGCGCGGCCACGACGAGGUCGAGGCUUUCUCCGGCGGACUCGGCUAUCUCUGGGAACACCUCGGAUCUGCGGCUCCGGUCGACUUUAGUGGCUAUUGCUGGGCCUUUAAUGCGGGCUGUGAAGGCGCCGAAGCCGAAACCAGACCUCCCCGGCUGGCCAAGGGCCUGCCGGCCUACCGCUGGGACCACGCCAAGGUGCACUGGCGAGAGUCUCGGCUCUCGCGCAACUUCCGCCUGGCCGACCGGCCUUCUCACGGCCUGCUGGGCCGCAGAGCGCCCGACAACACGCCAAGCCAACUGCGCUGGCGCAACGUGCUGCGCCUGGACGAGAUGCCCUGGGUCAAAGGCCACGUAUUCCAGGGACAGGUUGUGCUUCCCGGCACGUCCUACCUCUCGGCCAUCAUCGCAGCCGCCACGGCGCUCGCAGGCGCGUCACCCGUCACGCUGGUCGACUUGUGCGAUGUCGUGCUGCACAGGGCCGUCGUCCUGCGAGAAAACUCCUCUUGCGACUUUACGACCGACCUGCGUCUUGUUCGCAAGGGACAGCAUCUGCUCUCGGCCGAGUUUUCCUUCUCGGCCGCACAGUCGGACUCGGACGCGGCGCCAGACGUGACCUGCAGCGGCCGUGUCGAGGUACACCUGGGCGAGGGCGAGGGCGAGGGCGAGGACGAUGCGAACCGAGAAGAAGCGCUGCUGCCGUCGCCGAGCCAACCGCCGCCCAACCUCGGCCCCGUCGACGUCGACCUCUUCUACUCGUCCCUGAAGAAGGUCGGGUUGGCCUUUAGCGGGCUCUUCCGCGGGACCAAGUCGGCGCAGCGGUCGCUUAGGUACGCCUCCACGUCGGCGUCGUGGGAUGAGGCGGACGGCGACAUGGACAUCGGCAACAGCUCUGAGGCAUCCUCAGUCCACCCGGCCGUCCUAGACGUUGCGCUUCACGCCUUGUUCGCCGCCUUUGCAUCGCCUGCCACAGAGCAGAUGUGGACGCCUUAUCUUCCUGUUGCCAUCCGCCGUGCGAGCAUCGCGGUGCGUGACUGUCCCAGUGCGUGUGCUACACCGGCAUCAUCUUUAUCAAAUUCUACUUCUUCGUCUUUUCCUUUUCCUUCGUCAUCACAAUCCCCACUAGCCGGCCGCACCCGCAUUGCUGCUAGCAUCUCGGCCCAGGUGACGGCGUCGUCGCCCAAGGGAUUUGAGGGUGAUGUGCAGGUUGUAUUUGGCGACUCGGGCCGUGUCGCCGUGCAGAUCGAGGGCGUGACGAUGCGAACCAUGGCUAAUCAGGCAAGCUCUGCCGAUGGCGACUGCGUGCUUUUCUCCCACGUCAAGUGGGAUAGCGACAUAUCGACGGGCAUUGACAGGAGCGUGCUCGACAAAGGAGCAUCCGAGCAAGGCGACGGUGACCACGGUCAUCUCGUCGAUGCCAUGGGCCGGACGGCGCUGUUCUACUAUCGCACGCUGCUGGAGGAACUGUCGCCCUACGAGGUCACGGCGGCGACAUGGCACCACCGCAUGUUCGUGCAGUCGGCGCAGCACUGGAUCGACUUGGUCCGCGAAGGACACCAACCGACGGUCAAGAGCGAGUGGCUAGACGAUACGAAAGAGGCCGUGUGGCAGCACGCAGAUAGGCUCAAGGACCACAUCGACAUAGAGCUAAUGCGAGCGGUGGGCGAGAACCUGGUGUCCAUCAUACGCGGCGAGAAGCAGCCGCUGGAGAUCAUGAUGGAGGACAACAUGCUCACGCGCUUCUACGUCGACGGCCACGGACUCGGCCCGAUGAACGACCACAUCGCUCGCGCCGUCGGCCAGAUUGUCCAUCGCUACCCGCGGGCCAACAUCCUCGAAGUCGGCGCGGGCACCGGGGGCACGACGCGGAAGGUGCUGCGGACCGUCGGCAAUGCCUACGGCCACUAUACCUUUACAGACGUGUCGCCGGGCUUCUUCGAGCGGGCGGCCGACAGGUUCUCGGACCAUGUCCGGCGGCACAGCAUGACGUUCCAGGUGCUGGAUAUCGAAAAGGACGUCAUGUCGCAGGGUUUCUCCGAAGGCGCCUACGACGUGAUUGUGGCGGCUAAUGUCCUGCACGCGACGCAGCACUUGCAAGACACGAUGCGCCAGGUGCGCCGUCUCCUAAAGCCGGGCGGGUACUUGGUCAUGAUGGAGAUCACGGGCGAUCUGCUGCGUCUGGGCUUCAUCCUGGGCGUCCUGUCGGGCUGGUGGCUCGGCCCCCAGAUCGGCGACGAGGGCCGAAAGUGGGCCCCCGGCAUCCCGACGGCGCAGUGGGACGACCUACUUCGGCGGACCGGCUUCUCGGGGGUCGACCACGCCACGUCGGACAGCCCCGUGCUCAAGAACCACUAUCUGUCCAUGCUGGUGACGCAGGCAGUCGACGACCGCGUCGACCUGCUGCGCAGUCCGCUAUCGCACCUGGCCACGCUCCCGGCCCUACCCGACGUCGCCAAGCUGCUCAUCAUCGGAGGUGACACGCCCGUCGUGGCCCGGCUGGCGCAAGACUUGAGAAGCGCCCUCGCUCCGUGGGCCAGCACGACCAUCGAGACAGUGUCCAGCGUUGACAAGCUCGUCGUGAGCCCGCACGAGCGUGUGUCGGCAAUCAGCCUCAUCGAGCUCGAUCAACCCCUGUUCGGCCCCGACAACUUGGUAACGGCAGCGAGGCUACAACGCCUCCAAGCCUUUCUGCAGAGGGCCCGGUCGGUUCUGUGGGUGACGGCGGGCUGCAGAGGCUCUAACCCGCAGGCCAAUAUGUUCGCCGGCAUCGCGCGGGCUGUGCGGGCCGAGCAGCGCGAUAUCAACUUGCAGCUUCUGGACAUCCGUCUGGCGCCUGAUGACGCCGACACCUCUGUUAUUGCCGAGGCUUUCAUCCGUCUCGCACUGGCUGGCCAGCCAGAGUUUAUCGACGCCCCGAAUCGCCAGCCCAUGCUGUGGUCGACCGAAACCGAGCUCGCCUCCGACGCCGGCUCGUUGCUGAUCCCGCGCCUUGUCCCCGACGGGGCAAAAAACGAUCGAUACAAUGCCGCGCGGCGCAUAGUCACCAAACAGAUCGAUGCGUGGGAAGCAGAGGUAGACUGGGAUUUUGAGGUCGAGUGCUCCGACGGCAUCUUGUCGCUAACUGGGCUCGAACACACUGUAUCACGCUGCCUAACGAGGGCUCGCACUUCCAGCUCGGCCGGACUACUUUUGAUGGACGUACAGCUAUCUGUGCCACUCCUUCACCCGGAACACCGCCACUUCCUAUGUUAUGGCUCCAUCGCCGCCGGUUCGACCACACCUGGCAGGAGAAGCGCCUUUGCCGUGACUCGGUCAAAUGCGUCUGUCGCACUUGUCGAUGUCGACGGCACAAUUCCCUUACCUUCUGGCGAUUCACCAUGCGCGACUUCGACUCACCACCGAGCCAGCAAGUUGCUUGAGGCGCUUGCUGGACAGCUUGUGGCACGCAGUCUCGUUCCGCGCGUGCCCCGGCGCGGGCCUAUCCUGCUCCAUGAGCCAGCCGAGACCUUGGUCCGAGCUAUUGCGGGCUGCCGGUUGUGGAGAGGUCGCCGGGUCUAUUGUAUGUCCUCUUCAUUGCCGGAAAAGGCCCUGCCGGAAGGCUGGAUCUCGAUCAAUGCCCACGCACUCGACUCGUCGGUUCGACAGACGCUCCCAGACGACGUCGCUGCCAUGAUCGACUUUUCGGUGCAGGGAGCCGGCAUCAAGCGGGAUUUGCGGCCAUGCCUGCCUGCGGACUGCGUAGUCAUCCGCUUCGAGCCGGCGUUCCUCGAGACGGACAGCGAGGCGCUGGGCUAUGGGUACGCUGACGCCCUCAGCCUUGUCGACAGCGAAGCCGCUGGUGACGCGUACCAUGAGGUGCACGUGAUCCCCAGAGACGCCCUUCUGGGACGCCCAUCGUCUUCCGUAGCAUAUCCCGCCAUCGUCGACUGGCAUGUCAGGUAUGGGAACAGCAGUGACAAGGUCACUGUUCAGGUGAAGGCCUUGAACACGACAGGGAUAUUCUCAUCUUCAAAGACGCACCUUAUGGUGGGCCUGAAUGGUGAUCUCGGACAAUCCAUCUGCGGCUUCAUGGCGCGGAACGGCGCCCGCCAUAUCGCAAUAACUAGCCGCGGCGGUGAGGUGAACCCCGAGUGGCUUACGACGAUGCAGAGACAAGGGAUCAACGUUGGCGUGUAUGCGAUGGACGUCACCAACAAAGACGACAUCCGCGCGACCCUCGAGCAGAUGCGGAGCGACGGUAUGCCGGCCGUCGGCGGCGUCGCCAACGGGGCGCUUGUCCUGCGUGACAAGCUGUUCCUGAACAUGGACGUCGAGAGCUUCAACGACACGUUGCGGCCCAAGGUGGACGGGUCGCGGCACUUGGACGAGCUCUUCGGCGAUGAGCUGGAUUACUUUGUGCUGUUCUCAUCGCUGGCCACCGUUGCCGGCAACGCCGGCCAGUCCAAUUACCACGCGGCCAACAUGUUCAUGGCCGGGCUGGCUGCGAACCGGCGCGCAAGGGGCCUGCCGGCCUCGGUCAUGCAUGUGGGCGUCGUGGCCGACGCCGGCUACGUCACGCGCCAGGGUCGCCAGCUACUGGACCACCUCCGCAAGCAGUUCUUCAUGCCGAUCUCGGAAUCAGACGCGCAUCAGCUGUUCACCGAGGCCGUCCUCGCCAGCCGUCCCGACUCCGGGUUACCCGCCGAUAUCUGCAUGGGCCUGGAGCCAUUCCCGGAUCGCCCGGGCGACGCUGACCUCGUGAGGCCGUCGUGGGUCAGCGACCACCGGCUGUCGCACUUCGUCCUGCCACCGCCCGACGAAGACAAGCAAGCGGCCGGCUCCUGUGGGGUGGGAGUCAAUGACGACAAAGCUUUGCCACUCAGUCAGAGAAUAGACAGCACCUCGUCAGCGGAGGCAGCCGAGGCCAUGCUGCAAGAUGCAUUCUCAGCCAAGCUCGAGACCCUGCUGCAGCUCGACGCCGGGUCUAUCAACGUGCACGCACCGCUGCUCGACCUCGGCUUCGACUCCUUGCUGGCGGUGGAGACGCGUACAUGGUUUCUGAGGGAGAUUUCGGUCGACGUCCCCGUCCUCCGCUUCCUCGGGGGAGAAACGAUCUACGAAAUCUGUGCCGACACGGCGGCCACGUACCUCGCCCUCCGCGGCGCCAACGGCUCGGACGUGAGCGAUGGCGCGGAUACCAAUCUAACCAUCAGAUCGGACGACCUCGAUGACCCGGUGGCCUCGUCACAAAGCUCGGCGCCAUCGAUCGUAACCCCGCCCCUGACAAGCAGCCCAAAAACGUCAGCGCGUGUAUCUAUCGAUUUGCCAAGCGGCCAUGAAGACCUGAAGACAAAAGCGUCUUUGAGCAAGAGCGAGACUAAGGCCGAUAGCGACGCAAAUUCCGAUACUGUUAUUCAGACGCAGUCUUCUCAGCCCCAGAAGCGAUUGAGAAAUACAUCCAGAGUCGAGAGGCUGUCCUAUCUGCAAUCCAGGCUUUGGUCUCUUGGGGAGGCUCUAGACGACCCGGGGGCCAGCAACAUCGCCGUCUGCUACUCUAUCACGGGCCCGCUCGACGUCCCAAAGCUACGCGAGGCGUUCGCCAAAGUCGUCGUACAUCACCCAUCGCUGCGGACAUGUAUCUACCCAGACGACGAGACGGGCGAACCGACCCAGGCACUCCUGCGUCAGCCGCCGUCCUCGACAUUACUCUUGAAGCAAGUCCACGCGGCUACGCGCGACGACGGCGUCAUCGCCCGAGAGUUCAGCGCUCUGAAGAACCGCGCGUGGGAUCUCGCCUACGGGGAGACGUUCGGCGCCGUCUUGGUUCACGUUGAGGACGAGGAUGCGUACGCAAUCAUCUUCAGCUACCCCCUCAUCUUCAUGGACGGCGUCAGCUGGUCCGUCUUCCUACGCGAUCUGGGACGGGCGUAUUCCGCGCAGACGCUGAGCCGACAGACCAAGCUGUGCAUAGACGCGGCGGCCGAGCAGAGGCGGGCUGUCGAGUCCAUGUCGGGCAGCGGCGCCAUGCGAGAGGCCAUCUCAUACUGGGAAAGACUGUACACCGAGCUGCCCGAGCCGCUACCCUUCCUGCCUCUUGCUUCCGCCACACAUCGCAAGCCGCUACGCCGCUACGAGGUUCACAAGUGCCUCCGGAACAUCGACAGCCAUCUCGUAGCCAAGAUCAAGGACGCCAGCAGGGCCCUGCGCGCGACGCCGUUCCACUUCUACCUCGCCACCGCGCAGGCCCUCUUCUCGAAGCUGCUACCCGACCUCGCUGAGAUCUGCAUCGGCGUCUUCGACGCGAACCGGCCGGACGACGGCAGCGGCAGCCUCGCCGAUGUCGUCGGCUACUUCGUCAACGUGCUGCCUCUGCGCUUCCGCCUCCUUGACGACGAGCGAAGGCCGGCGGCGUCAUCCUUUGCCGAAAUGGUCCGGAACACGGCGAUGCACGAGCUCGAGGCGCGCCGUCACGGCCACGUCCCGUUCGACGUGAUCCUAGACCGCCUCAACGUGCCGCGUGACGACACCUCCGUCAGCCCGCUGUGCCAAACCGCCUUUAACUACCGCGUCGGCGCCAUGGCAGACGUGGCCCUGGGUGACGACUGCCGGCUGGCGGUGGACAGCUACAGCGACGUCCAGAACAACCGCUACGAUCUAAGUUUCGGCCUCUUCGAGUCCGCGGCCGGCUCGUAUUCUGUGACCGUCACGUGCAAGAGCUACAUCUACAGCUGGGAUGCCACCGACGUCCUGGUGGGCGCGUAUGUCCAUCUGCUCGACGCCUUGGCUUCGGACGCCUCGCGGACACUCUCGGACUACGUCUUAUCUGGGCCGGCGAUCGAGGCUCUGGAGGGCACCUCACUCGACAAGGGCCGAUGCGAAACUUAG